CCCAAGAAAAAUGAGCGCAAUGUGCUGAUUACGAGUGCUUUGCCAUAUGUAAACAACAUUCCUCAUUUGGGCAAUUUAAUUGGCUCGGUCUUGAGUGCUGAUGUGUAUGCCAGAUACUCACGAAUUCGUGGUGAAAAUGUCUUGUUCAUUUGCGGAACUGACGAGUAUGGUACUGCAACUGAAACAAAGGCCAUUGAAGAAAAACUAUCAUGCAAACAGCUGUGUGAUAAAUAUUUCAAGUUUCACGAUGAGACCUAUAAAUGGUUUCAAAUCGAUUUUGACCAUUUUGGUCGUACAAUAACCGAACAGCAAACAAUAAUUACCCAAGAUAUUUACUUGAAACUUGAGAAAAAUGGGCACGUUAUGGAAGACACUGUCACUCAGCUUUACUGUAACCAGCAUGAGUCGUUUUUAGCCGAUCGAUUUGUCGAGGGUACUUGUCCGCUUUGUGGAUACGAAGAUGCUCGUGGUGAUCAAUGUGAUAGCUGUGGCAAACUUCUCAAUGCUAUUGAGCUCAAGAACCCUCGAUGCAAGCUUGAUAACGCAGCUCCAGUUGCUCGCGAUUCAAAACAUCUUUUCCUGAAUCUUACCGGCCAACAAGAAAAGCUUACUGAGUGGUUCAAAAAGGCUAGCAGUGAAGGUUGCUGGUCUGCAAAUAGUCAAACAAUUACCAACAGUUGGCUCAAAGAGGGUCUUAAACCACGCUGCAUUACUCGAGAUCUCAAAUGGGGUACUCCAGUUCCAAAAGAAGGAUAUGAAAACAAAGUGUUUUAUGUGUGGUUUGAUGCUCCUAUUGGAUACUUUUCCAUCACUGCCAACUACACCAAGGAUUGGGAACUGUGGUGGAAGAAUCCCAAAGAUGUCAAACUCUACCAGUUCAUGGGAAAAGACAAUGUGCCUUUUCAUACUGUCAUCUUUCCUUCUACACUUCUUGGUACUAAUGAAAACUGGACUCUUCUUCACCAUCUCAGCACUACUGAGUAUCUUCAGUAUGAAUCUGGCAAAUUUUCGAAAUCUCGUGGAGUUGGUGUGUUUGGAAACAAUGUGGUUGAUUCCGGUAUCCCAGUGGAAGUAUGGCGCUAUUAUCUACUUUCGAUUCGUCCAGAGAGUGGCGAUUCAUAUUUUUCGUGGAACUCAUUUAUUGCGGCCAACAACACUGAGCUUCUUGCAAACUUGGGCAACUUUGUGAACCGACUCGUCAAAUUUAUUAAUGCCAAGUAUGAUGGUGUCAUUCCAGCUUACAAGACGACUGGUGAGCCUGAAACCAAGCUUAUUUCUAGCGUCAAUACCUUGCUUCAUCAGUUUAUUGAAGCUUUGAAUGACGUCAAGAUCCGUACUGGUCUUCGACUUUUUAUGGACAUUUCUGCUCGCGGUAAUCUCUAUCUUCAGGAGAAUCGUAUUGACAAUAGUCUUUUUGCAAACUCGCGUGAGCGCUGUGACAAUGUUGUUGCCGUUGCAGCCAACUUGGCAUACUUGAUUUCAGCUGUCGUGUAUCCCUACAUGCCGUCCACAUCCGAGGGUAUUCUUCGUCAGCUCAAUCUUCCCAUGCGCCGCAUCACUGACACAUGGAAUGCAGAAGAUAUCACUGCUGGCCAUAAAAUUGGUGCUGCAGAGUAUUUAUUCAAAAGGUUGGAUGAAUCUCUUGAAGAGAAGCUUCGCCAAAAGUAUUCUGGAAAGCAAGAUCCAGCUGCAAAGACGGGAACUGAUUCUGGAACAGCAACUGGGGGUAGCAAGAGCAAGAAGAGCAAGAGCGCCAAGGCUGCAGUGCCUGCCAGUAAUGUUGUCAAGACUCCUGAAAUGAUUGCUGUCGAGACUCGGAUUGCUGAGCAAGGUGGUAUUGUUCGCGAUCUCAAAACUGCCAAAGCUGAUCCAAAUGUUGUCAAAGAAGCCGUAGAUGCACUAUUAGCUCUCAAAGCACAGCUUGCUGCCUUGACUACUGCCUAA